CAAAAACCUAAUCUGCAAGAUCUAAACCAAAAAAAAAAAACUUCAGAAAAUUUGAAAUCCUCAGAAUUGCAGAGCAAAGAACAACCAUGGCGAAUCCUAUUCAAGAGAUUCUGGAGAAGCAAGUUCUAACGGUGGCUAAAGCUAUGGAAGAUAAGAUAGACGACGAGAUCGCCUCUUUAGAAAAGCUUGACGAGGACGAUCUAGAGGUUUUGAGAGAGAGAAGGUUAAAGCAAAUGAAGAAAAUGGCAGAGAAGAAGAAACGUUGGAUUAGUCUUGGACAUGGUGAAUACUCUGAGAUCCAUUCUGAGAAAGACUUCUUCUCCGUCGUUAAAGCCAGCGAACGCGUCGUCUGCCAUUUCUACCGCGAGAAUUGGCCAUGUAAAGUGAUGGAUAAGCACAUGAGUAUAUUGGCAAAGCAACACAUUGAGACACGUUUUGUGAAGAUCCAAGCUGAGAAAAGUCCGUUCUUGGCUGAGAGGCUCAAGAUUGUUGUUCUACCUACUCUUGCACUUAUUAAGAACACUAAAGUCGAUGAUUAUGUGGUUGGGUUCAAUGAGCUUGGAGGGAAAGAUGAUUUCAGCACUGAGGAUUUGGAAGAGAGAAUAGCUAGAGCGCAAGUGAUUCAUUACGAUGGAGAGUCAUCGUCGCUUAAACCAAAGUCGACAACACAAGUUAGAAGGAAUGUGAGGCAGAGUGCUCGUUCAGAUUCAGACUCCGAAUAGACUCUCGGGUUUUUCAGCAAACGUUUGUUGGUAUGUUCAUGAUCUUCACUCUAUCUUCAGCCCUUUUUUGGUGUGAGUUUGUAUUGUGCGAAUUCAGUUGUGAUGUGUAAUACAAAGUAGGAGAUGAUCUUAUAUGCAUAUUUGAUGAGUUUUUAACCUUGAUAGUAGUUAGUGUUUAGAGUCAGAACCAGAUAUUUAGAGGCAAAAGUCAUUCAAAACGUCUGUGUCCAUAUUAGUAUGAUGGAUGAUUCCAUACAUCGAACAAAUGAAGUCUCCUCGAUUGCUUAUGAACGCGCACAUCUUUCCUGUGUUGAACUAAAAUUGUCUUGGAUCUUAACUUGAUGUUUCAAAUGAAG